AUGGCAACAAAUAUCAAAGUCAAUAAAUCGAUUAUAAAUUCUUCUAGUAUUAUCAAACAUAAUAUUAUUAUUUGGUUGAAUUCAGAUCACAAUUAUACUCAUGAAAAUAUUAAAAAUUCAUUUCAAAAAAUUCAAUAUUUAAUUAGUUCGAUUGAAAUAUUUGAUAAUAUUAGUGAGUGUAUUAAUUAUCUUAAGACUAUUAAAAAUGAAAACACAUUUAUGAUUAUUGCUGAUUCUUUCUAUGAACAAUAUAUUCAUGGUACGAAUCUAAUUGAAGAAAUCAAUCAAAUUGAUACCGUUUAUAUAUUUUGUAGUGAUCCAUUGAAAGAAAAAUUCUGGGAAAAUGAAUGUCAGAAUCAAAAAGGAACUUUCACUAAUAUUGAAUCUAUUAUUGCUGCAAUCGAACAAGCGAAUUAUCCACCUGAAAAUAAUCAUCCAACUAACAGUAUAAUUUCUAUAGUAAAUAAUGAUUUCGAUGAACUUGAUCCAUCGUAUAUCUAUUCAAAAUUACUUCUUGAAAUUAUUUUAAAAAUUGAAUAUGACGACCAAGCAAAAAAGGAAUCAUUUAAUUAUUGUCGACAAUAUUAUGCUGAUAAUAAGGCAACAGUGAAAGCAAUUGAUGAACUUGAAAAUGAUUAUCAUAAUCAUUCGCCGAUUUGGUGGUAUACAAAGGAAUCCGCUGUCUAUAGACUAUUGAGUAGUGCUGUGCAAACACAUGAUGCUAAUAUGAUAAUUAAAAUGGGAUUUUUUAUGCAAGAUCUUCAUCGAGAAAUAAAAAGAAUCUAUUAUGAAACUGAUCGAACAACUAAAGUGACUCUUUAUCGAGGGCAUGGAAUGUUAGCAGAUGAGUUUGAAAAGUUUCGAAAACGAGAAGGUGAAGUCUUUGCAUUUAAUUGGUUUUUAUCAACAAGUACCGAUCAAGAAGUAGCCAUGACUUUUGCAAAAACUGCUAUACUUGAUCAUACAACCAUAGGCAUUCUAUUUGAAAUAGAAAUUGAUCCAUCGAUCUGUUCAAUUCCGUUCGCCUGUUUAAAUAAUCACAGUUAUUAUUUCCAAGCAGAAAAUGAGGUUUUAAUUUCUGCACAUAGCGUAUGUAGAAUUGUUAAAAUAAACAAAAUUGAAGAUCGACUAUGGAUCGUUAAUUUAGCCUUAACUUCUGACAUGCAUGAACAGUCGAAGUUUUUAAUAAAUCAUAUACGUAGUGAGAUUUAUUGUGUAACUCAUUGGCAUUCUUUGGCUACUAUUUUACAAAAAAUGGGUAAAUAUGAUAUAGCGAUAAAAGUUCUUCAGAAAAUAAGGGAAAUAACGGACGAUACUGAUGAUGAAAAAUUGAUGAAUUUAUUAUCGUCUGAUUAUAAUAGUAUUGGUUUAAUGGUUGAUUCAAUGGAGAAAUAUUCUGAUGCACUCUCAUGGUAUACAGAAGCAUCGAAAAUAUUAAAAAAUUAUCUUUCAUCUGAUCAUACAUCAUUGGCUACUGUCUAUAAUAAUAUUGGAAUGGUACAUCGGUCAUUGGGAGAUUACACCUUGGCACUUUCAAACUGUGAAAUAGCACUUGACAUAAGAUUGAAAUCUUCUUCGUCAAAUGAUACAUCCUUGAGUAAUGUUUAUUGUAAUCUUGGCAUGAUCUAUGAAUCUAAAGGAGACUAUUCUGAGGCUCUUUCAUAUUAUGAAAAAGCCUAUGAAACUCAAAAAUCUUCCCUUCCUCCUCAUCAUCCAUUCUUUACUGCUAGUUAUAAUAAUUUUGGUGGAAUAUACAGUCUUUUGGGAGACUAUUCAAAUGCACUAUUAUAUUAUACAAAAACAGUUGAAAUUCAAGAAAAAUCUCUUCCAGCUGAUCAUCCAUCAUUAGCAUUUGCUUACAGUAAUAUUGGUUAUGUAUAUCAAUUAAUGGGAAAAUAUACUGUUGCACUGUCAUAUUUUGAAGAAGCACUUAAAAUUCAAGAAAAACUUUCCGAGUCAAAUCUACUUUCUCGAGCAACUACAUAUAAUAAUAUUGGUUUAGUAUAUCGGUUUAUGGAAAACUAUCCGACUGCACUUGUAUACUUAGAUAAGACGCUCGUAAUCGAAGAACAAUGUCUUCCACCAGAUCAUCCAUCACUAGCAUGCACCUACAAUAAUCUUGGUACGAUAUAUCAAUCUAUGAAAGAAUAUCCAACUGCACUCGAAUACUAUGGAAAAACAUUAAAAAUAUGGCAGAAAUCUCUUCCGUCCAAUCAUCCAUCGUUGGCUACUAUUCAUAAUAAUAUUGGUAGUAUGUAUGAUUGCAUGGAGGAUUAUGAACAAGCACUUGUAUACUAUACAAAAGCAAUUGAAAUACAAAAGAUUUUAUCAUGUAGUAAUCCUCUAGAUUCCGCUAGUACAUACAAUAAUAUAGGUGAAACAUAUCGAGCGAUGGGUGAUCAUUCAAAGGCAUUAUCAUACUAUCAAAAAGCAUUGGAAAUUGAACAGAAGCAUCUCUCUAGUAGUCAUCCAUCAUUAGCAAUCACUAUAAGCAAUAUGGCUGUAGCACUUGAAGAUACUAAGCAAUAUGAGCAAGCAUAUGAACAUGCUGAACGAGCUGUUGAUAUUCUUCUUCAUUCGUUUGGACCUAAUCACGCUCAAACCAUAAUAAAUAAAAAUUAUCGUGGCCAACUACGUGAAAAACUAUUACCUGUGAACUAA